AUGUCACAACAUACUGUUUUAUGCUGUUUACAAUUAGCAUCUCUGAACCUUCGGGUUCGGUACGCGUCAAAUGUACUGUUACAGGUAGAAGAUCGUACUACAGUUAUCCAACCAGAGUCAAUUCCUCCUGGCCCAUGUACUGAGACGUGGCUGACAAAUGAUGCGACUCCUGACCUAACAGCUGUUGACAGCGAGGAUCCGUUAUCAUCUCACGUAGAAACAUCAAUUCCACGUAUCACCGCGUAUUCUAAACCUAAAAAAGAUCUGAGCCGUGUCAUAGAGAGAUUAUCUCAACAAAAAAGAGUUAGAACUGUUACGGAAACACUGGGCCAUAUUUCUGCGUCAAAGUUCUAUGAAACUGUGAGUGAGCAGGUUGCGGCACAAAAAGAUGCCUGCAAAGAACAUGUAAUUCACCUGGAAGCUGUUGAGAAUGGAAAUUUUGGAGUGUUCCAGACUGUACUUCAUUCAAGUUCUACAGUUCAUUUGGAAAAUACCGAUCUCAUGAAGGCCCAGGUGGUGGAGCUUCAUAACUUGAUGACUCGUAACGAAGCAACUUUAGGACCAGAUGGACACGUAGCAAUGGUGAAUGGUGAAGGUACAACACUUCUUGCUGUUGCACCUAACAGUGAUGAAAAUGGUGAUGUACCAUUCAGAAAACAAGGCAGUGCACAGAAUAAUAUAGUUGGCUCUUCCAAAGACAAUCAUGUUUGUUCUAUAUGCAAUACAAGAUUUUCGACUCGUAAGACACUGAGUCAUCAUAUGAAGUCCCUUCACGUGACGUCCCGAAUGUGCUAUCCUUGUCCAUGCUGUAAGAACACAUUUUGUAAUACAUGGAGUGUGUACAGACAUCUGUACAAAGUACAUCGCAAGACUACUAUUCAGGUACGAAAACUGCGUUCGCAGAUUGUGAAUAAAGCAUUUAGGAAAGAAGUUUCUGUUUAUGAAAGCCAGAACUUAAAUAAAAAAUCAGCUGGUGGUGAUGAACAGACUGAAGCUGAUAAAGCACGCGAAGAACAACAAAGACUUCAACAAGAAAAUCAGGCAUGGAUGAAUAGUUUUGAGGAAGAUCUUGAAUUGCAAAUGUGUGGAGGUUGUGGACGACGAUUUGAGAGGCGCGCAGCACUCAAUUCACAUUCUCAAAUUUGUCAAAAACGAAUAGCUGUUAAGAACAACAUCAAGGCACAACGCCGUUCUCCCUCCACAUCAGCAUCCACCACUAAUAACCGAAUUACCAGCACAAAAAUAUUGCCAACGUCAACAGAUCGUCAUCUUCCUCGUACAGAAAAUACCAGAAACGACAUCACAUGUGUAGAGAGCAAUGCCAGUAGUUUUACGCCUUCAUCCGUGCUGUCAGAAAGUAUGCAAUCAAAUGCAAGUGGAAUAAAGAGUAUUGUGACCCCUUCUCCGUCUCCUGUGCCUCUUGACAUAUCAAACCAACUGCUUGCCUCAUCUCCCAGUGGUUCUUACCACCGGACUCGACACUGCAGUGGCAGUAGGACUGACACUGUAAAGAAGGAUAUUCCUGAGAAAAGAAUUGAGAUUCAAAUUAGGAGGGAUUAUUGUAAGACAGGGAUAGGGCCUGGAGGUGUGAGUUCUGUUUUAGGGGUAGGAGGUCCCUCAUCUCAGCAGCAGGACUGUAAUUCAGAAAUACACGAAAAUCCAAUGUCUUAUGAUGAUACAGAGGAAGGAAGUAACCACGAUGAAGUUGAUAAUAGCUUUAGUGAAGACUGUGAAGGUCACAGCAGAUUAUAUCAUUUAACAGAACCUGUCACAUGUAUCUCUACGAAGGACCUUCAUCUCUCGUGUGAUAAAGUAGAAGGAAGUUCUGGAAUAAAUGUAUGUCACUUUACAGAAUCUAUUGAAAAAGAGGCCGUGAAUGUGGAGGAAAAAACCAUUGAUGGAGCUAAUAUCCAUCUUGUUCGAACAGAGGGAAAUGUAAUCAGUGACAGGUCUUCCAUACAAUCAGUCCAAGAUAGUGGUUUAAAUAACGCCAACCAAAGUGAAGAGUAUUCAUAUGCUACUGAAAAGAAAGGUAUCGAUACACACGUAAGCAAUUUCAGGAUGUUUAUCGAGAAAAAUAGUACAACUGCGGGACAAGAAGACGAGAGCAGAUUAAGGCAGGUCUUUACAAACUCUGCUGCAUUGAGUGAUGGCGGCGAGUUACAAGAUGAAGCGAAGAAAGUAAUGGAUAAGCAAGGAAAUGAAUCUGUUCCUUCAGCUAGUAGUAAGAAGGAAGAACAGUUUUCUCCGGUAAUGGAGAAUCGAAUGAAAAGUAUGAUCAACAUACGUCGUCUGCAGUGUUUGCCGUGUCAGAAGAAGUUUAAUAAACUAACAAAUCUUAGGAGACACGUUGCAGUCCACAUAGGCUGGAAUCGUUACCGCUGUACUGAAUGUACAUUUAAGUGCUUCUCUAAAUACGACUGCGUUACGCAUGUUAACAAAAUGCAUCUAGGGAAGGGGGAACAUGAUAGAGCACAGACCAUGGUGGAAUAUAUAGAAACUCAGAUAAGCGACGUGGAAAGUGAGUCGGCCGUACAUGAACCUACAGAACAAACAAACAAAAGUCAGAGCGACGAACAAGACGUGGCGCAAGUUACUAAUAUCGACCUGAGCAACAAUUAUGGUGUAUCAAAAGAUAUGGAAAUCACAGUAAAUGACACAACUUGUAAUGCUUCUGAUUGGUCACUGCAAGAAUAUGAUGAAAGCAAAAGAAUAAGCACCUCCGAUUCUGAUGUUAGUAUCGAAGCUGUUCCGAAUGAUGCUCAGAAUUCUGUGGUGGACGUGGAAGACGCUGAAGAAAGUGAUUUAUUUGUAUGUCCUGUAGAAGGGAAAACAGCAGAUGAUGUUGCGAUAGACAUACCUGUCAGACAAGAGACACUGAUUACAGCUGGAGGCACAACCGAUACUACAACAGUUGAUGAGAUGGAAAGAGAUUAUGUAAAUAAGACUGUUGUCAGAGACACAACCGAUUCGCAAGUAAAAAAGGCAAGUAACGAUACUGUAAUCACAACAUUACAGUUGCGAUCCAGGAAACACUUCAUGAAUGAUGAAUGUUAUGGCCAGGAAACGUCCGAAGCUUCACCUCCAAAGAAACUGUUAACUACAGAAUAUCAACAGAACAUCGAGAAACUAGCGGUGACAGAUGUUGAAGAAAAUGAUUCACAUAAUCCAGAAAUGCAAGAUGUGGGAUCCGAAAUAGAUACACACGCGAAUCCGGUACCAGCAUCUACAGAAGGCGGUACAUUACAAGAGGAAAAUCCACCAAUGUCCCAAGUUCAGGAGCAGACGGCAUUACGAAAGAUGGUUUUAGAGGUGAUUUUUGGUUCAAAUAAUAGUAAUUUGUAUCAAGAUUUAGAAGCCACACAAAAGUUGUUCACUGUGGCAAUGAACGGUGAACAUGAUCGAUCAAGGGGGUCAGCCUCUUCUCCAGAGCCGUAUGAUGUAGUUGAAUAUGUUAGCUUUGACUCUACAUCUCCACUGACGUCCAAUAGUUCAGUAGAAUCUCCCGUGUUGACCUCAGAUGAUGGAGCUUCUGUAAUAAUUGAACAGACUUCAGGUGUCAAGCAUGAUAGUAAUACCAGUAGACAAAAUAGACUCGGAAACAAUAUGAGCGCAGCACGUGAAUCUGAAAAAAGACGAAGGCCAGUCCGGAAUAGGAUAAAAGUUGAACGAGAGGACUUUAUAUACGAUCUUUCUGAUAAGUGUUUGGACCCAAGGAAUGAUGGAGAAGUUCAUUUUCCCCACAGUAGUAAAGUAACAAAGCGAAAACAAGAAGAUCGUACGCGCGAUUCUGUGAAAACUGUGUCGGAUAAAGGAAACUGUAGUGGAGAAAGCUCGCCUCUGAAGCUUAUACCAAAACUAAUAUUGGUGAGAACUACGGGGGAAUUCAGCGGUGUAAAGGUAGUUAAGACUGGCAAUAACAGUAAUGUAACACAAGUUUUGGACAGUAGCAAUGAUAAGAAUAAUUCAUCAGAUUCAACUGGAUAUAGUAGAUCGACAAGAAAGUCACAGCGGACAUUUGACGCAUCGCCAUACAAAGUGCAAACCGUCGAUAAUGAGGGAAGUGAAUGAGAACAAAUAAAACAGAUUAAUUUUAGUGAAAACACUAAAAAAAAGAGUAAUAGUGAAGCUAGCAGACUUUGGAAAAAUAGAAUAAACCUCCAAUGUGAAUUAAACGUGCAGUGACACUGAAGUCCUUUAGUGAUAAUGUUAUUAUGAGCAUGCAAUUUUCUAUUAAUGUAGCAAUCAAUUUUGAAGUGGCUCAAUAAUUAUUUUAAGAAUAUUAUAUGUUGAGCUACUCAAUUGAACUUGCUUAUGGUAACAAUAUUUUUUAUAUCAGGCAUACAUUCAUGUUAUGUUGCUGUAAUUUUG